AUGCUGAAGUCAGCUCCCUCCGAUGGGGCCUUUGCAGGUUCACUGCCGUAUUCCCAACCCCCAGAGCAGAGCCGGGCACGCGAGGUGGGGACAGCGCUCACGGAACCGGGAGACGACUUUGGCCAGGCUGCUCAGAACCCUGCGCUGGCCCAGUCAGGCAGUGCCAAGCCCGCACAGCCACUCAGCCUCCACGCCCUCAUCCGAGGGGUGAUCAGGGAACUGAGAGAGGCAGGCUUGGGGCCUGACAGCCGGCAAGGACUCACUGGCCAACUCCGCUGGUGCCCGGCUCAGAAGCAGCUCCCAGCAACGCCCCACUGCUGGAGACUGGGGCUGGGCCUGGGGUUGUGCCUGCUGGCCAGCACGGGCCUCUGGGCCCUGUGGGUGUGUGCAGAGAACUGGCUGCCGGUCUCCUCCGUCCCCUACUACCUCCCCUGUCCAGAGAUCUUCAAUAUGAAGCUGCAGUAGGAGGAGGAGAAGCCCUGGCAGCCUGUGGCACAGCCCCGGUACCCUCAGCCCAGGCUGCGGCAGCACCGGCCCCCGGAGCUCCUGACGCUCGCGCCCUGGCUGGUGCCCAUCGUCUCCGAGGGAACCUUCGACUCGGAGCUGCUGUGCCCCAUCUACCAACUGCUGAACCUGAGCAUCGGCGCCACUGUGUUCACUGUGGGGAAGAGUUAUCCUCACAGGUACACCCAAUUCAUCCACCACUUCCUGGAGUCGGCGGAGUUCUUCGUGCCCGGCUACCAGGCGCACUACUACACCUUCACCCACGACCCUGCAGCCAUCCCCAGGGUCCCACAGGGCCCCGGCCAGCUCCUCCACGUCAUCCCCAUCCAAGGUCACACCCACUAGGAGGUCUCCAUGCGCCAGACGGAGACCAUCAGCCAGCACAUCGCCAUGAGGGCACACCAGGAGGUGGACUAUCUCUUCUGCCUCGAUGUGGACACGGUGCUCCAGAACCCAUGGGGCCCUGAGACCUUGGGGGACAUGGUGGCUGCCAUUCACCCAGGCUAUUUCACUGUACCCCGCCAGCAGUUCCCCUAUGAGCACAGGUGGGUUUCUACAGCUUUUGUAGCUGAUGAGGGGGACUUCUAUUAUGGUGGGGCAGUCUUUGCGGGGCAAGUGGCCAAUGUGUAUGAGUUUACCAGGGGCUGCCACAUGGCCAUCCUGGCAGAUAAAGCCAACGGCAUCAUGGCAGUCUGGCAGGAAAGCCUCCUGAACCGCUGCCUCAUCACACACAAGCCAUCUAAGGUGCUGUCUCCUGUGCACAUCUGGGACGACAGGAAGCCCGCGCCACCCAGCCUGAAGCUGAUCCGCUUUUCUACACUGGUCAAGGACACUGGCUGGCUGAGAGGCUGA